AUGGCGACUCCGUUCAAGCAGGAUCUUCCGCCAGCAGGUGGAUUCGCACCGAUCAAGUACAAGCGCAACCUGCCCAUCAAGGGACCCGGAGGCGCCGUCGUCUUCGGCGCCGUCGCCCUCAUCUGCGGCUUUGGCUUCUGGCGGGUCGGGCUGGGCAACCUCGAGCAGCGGGAACUCCAGCGCGAGAGGGCGUGGUCGCGCAUCCACCUCACCCCUCUCCUCCUGGCCGAGGGCGACCGCGACACGUACCGGAGGGAGCAGGCUGCGUUGGCGCGCGAGAGGGAGAUCAUGAAGGAUGUUCCGGACUGGGAGGUCGGCGCGAAGAACUACCACAGCAAGCGAUACACCCCUUCCACGAUCGUCGUUCUCUGA